AUGAAGAUUGGCGUUGAUGAUGAAUACGGAUUCAUCCACAGUAUAAGACCGCUAAGAGGUAUCUUAAACAAGAGGCAGAGGAAGAGAAGAGUCCUGCAGCAUAGAUAUGAGGAUCUCAAGCUUAUUGUUCCAUAUCCGGAGCUUUUCGAGCUUGAAGACACAACAUGCCUAGAUCCGAUACCUCAUAAUGAAAUGAAAGGGCGGGGAGGCGUCCCUGUUCCCAGACACUGGAAAUCAAGCUCUGGAAGGAUGUUUGAGCGCUCGUAUCACAAGCCUAGCUAUAGGAUCCCUAGCAAUGUGGUGAAAACAGGGAUUCCGGAGCUAAGAAAAAUGAUGAAAGAGAAGGAAUCCGGGAUGAGUCUUAGAGAAAGGAUAAAAGAGAAGUUGCAUCCAAAGCUUGGAAGAUCUUUGAUAGACCAGCAGAUGCUGUACGAGGCUUUCUUCUUGAAGAAAGAAAAGCCACGCCUCCGCAGCUACGGGGAGUUCUUCGAGCCAGGCGCUGAUACCGUGGAUGUAUGCUUACCAGGGAUAAUAAGCAGUGAUCUGAUGGAGGCUCUGGGAAUCGAUGAAGUCACACCGCCUCCAUGGCUUUUCAAUAUGCAGAAGCACGGGAUGCCACCGUCUUAUCCGGAUGCAAAGAUUCCAGGAUUGAAUGCACCCAUACCCGAAGGAUGCUCGUAUGGAUACCAACCUCUAGGCUGGGGAGAGCCUUUAUUUGAUAUUAGUGAUGAGGUAUCCAAGAAGAAUACUUCCAACGAAGGCAUUGGAGUCAUCUACAAUGAUCAGAACCAAUACACUAAGCCUGUAUAUGUUGAAGACUUUGAAGAAAGAGUUGUAGUAAGCAACGAAGUUGUUCAGGAUGUGUCUCCUAUAGCAGAGACAGCUGCGAAGGAAGAGACAGAAGGAAAAAGAAAAGCUAAGAAGGAGAAGCUUUAUAAAAGCAUUAGAUUCUGA